GGGGCUGGUGGAGGAGGAGAAAAGGUUUAAAGGUCAUCUCUCGAGAAAUGGCUGUAAAUAUAUCUAAAGACUUAUUCCGACUCUUUGGACUCUCUGGGAGGUUUGGAUGGUUAACAACUUGCUCAACAUCAAUGACAUGUGUCCAAGCAAGAUCUCUGAGAUUGCUGGAAAGUGGAAGAGGAGCUGGUUCAAGCAACAACCUAGCAACAAGACAACUGCACAGUACUAGCCAGCAUUGCUUGGGUGUGCCUGCUCAAGAUGCCUCAGUACCAUUGUCACCUGCUGUACGGUACCUGGUAUACACUCACAAUAUCUCCAACUUGUCUCAGAUUACAGCCACUGGACCAGGCCACAGACUACUAAAGGGGGACAUCCUUCAGUAUAUUCAAGAAGUCAAAGAUGGCCGAUCCGUCCAACCUGCUACUAAAACCACCGUCCAACCUGCUGCUAAAACCGAUAAAAAAAAGCCUUCCCAACAAUUGGCCAAGAGUGUGUCCCAAGGCUCCAAGCAGACCUUCACUGAUGUCCCUGUGGAUAGUAGCAGAGUUGCAGCUGCCCAGAGAGUUGCUCAACACAAAGCGUCCACUCCUCACACAUACACCAGUUCCAGCUGUGCUCUGGAUCGUGUCUUUGAGCUCGGCUACAGUGAUCACCACCACCUCACAGCUUUCCUUGUCAAAGCUGCUGCUCUCACAGUUCAGAGAGUCCCCCAGAGCAACUGUGUGUGGGUUGAUGGUGACUCGCGGCCAUUGCCCUCCAUCAGUGUGUCUGUACUCGGCGGAAGUGGGACAGUCAGAGUGGGCGGAGCUGCUGGACAGUCCCUCAAGUCAAUCGCUAAGAUUGUUCAAGAAGGUUUUGCAACCCAGGACAAUAAGAGUGAGAACUCCAGCAUAAGCCUCUACCAUCUGGAAGGAGCUAACAUCGCACACUUUACGUCAAUCGGAGAUCCCACCAGUUCCUCCGUUCUCUGUAUCGGGUCCCCUCAUCUCGUCCUUAAUGACCAGGGGACACUCUCCAAAAGAGUGACAGUCACACUUACCGCUGAUGCUCGCUUGUUGGACUAUGAACUCUGUUGUCACUGGUUGCAGACAUUUUGUAGCAUAGUUGAGGCACCUGAUACCAGUGGACUCUUAUAGUAGCUACAUAUAAACCCACCCUCAUGUUAAUGUGCGUUUGUGUAUAGUGUUUUUGUAAUGAUUAGUUCCUGUCAAUUAUCUGCUUGUA